AUGAGAUAUAUUUUAUUGAUUUUUUUAGUAAUAGUCAGCUUUUCAAUAGCUCAACAGAUUAUUUAAUCUCACAACCUCAAGAAAUAAAGAAUAGCCUUUGGGUCUUGCAAUAAAUUCUUCAGAAACCAUAAGUCUGAUAUCUUUUAUGACAUUGCUAAAUAAAAUCCUGAUAUAUGGGUUUGGUUAGGAGAUGUUGCUUAUCUUGAUUAUAUGCCUCUACCAGCUUAUUGGAUACCAGAUACAGAUUUCUACUAAAUAAAACUUAAAUUAGAUGCCACUAAAAACGAUCCAGCUUAUUAAGAAAUGCUCAAAAAAGUAAAUGGUGAAGUUGGAGUUUGGGAUGACCAUGAUUAUGGCCAUAAUAACUCUGGAAUGACCUUUAAGUAUAAGGAGCAUAUAAGAUAAGUUUGGCUUGACUUCUUCAACGAACCUUAGAACAGCGAAAGAAGAACAAGAGAUUCUGGCAUUUACACUUCUUAUUAUCUUGGCUAGUAAAAAAAAAUAAAAAUCAUAUUAACUGAUGUCAGAUGGAAUAGAUAAAGCACUGAUAUUUUAGGUGAGAAGCAAUGGAUAUGGCUAGAAUAAGAAUUAAAUGAUCAUAAAGUAGAGUUAUUUAUACUAGGAACUGGAUCUUAGUUUCUUCCUGAUGACAGAUUUAUUCCUGAAACAUGGGAUAUCAAAAGCAAAGAAAGAUUCUACUAGAUAGUAAAUAAAACUAGAGCAAGUGUAGUUAUUAUCAGUGGAGAUGUUCAUUAUGCUGAGUUAAUGGAACAUCCUUGCUCUCAAAAAAAAGUAGGAUAUAAGUUAGCUGAAAUAACUUCAAGUGCAUUGUCUUUUGAUUUUAAUAGUAUAUAAUAUGGAGAAUUUGAAGCAGCAAAUUACUUUGUUUUAACUACACCAACAUAUAAUGAAGAAAAAGAUAGAUUCAAUGGAAGGAACUACGGCAUUAUUGAUGUAGAAUGGGAUGAAAAUAAUAUUGGUUUAACUAAAAUAAAAUUGCAAGUCUAUACAAUAGGCCAGAUUGAAAAACCUGUUUUAGAAAGAACUUACAAAUUGGAAGAGUUCAAGUAUUCAGCAGAAAGAUAACAAAAUUAAAAAUCUUGUGUAGUAGAUGAUGUACCAGCUAACGAUAGAUGGAAAACAUUCGCUUUAAAUAACUUAAAGAGAUUGUUUACAGAAUUUAAUUAAAAAAUUGUUAUUGGAGCAUUAAUAAAACUUGUUUAACUUGUUUUGCUUUUGAGAUUUUAUUGGUAUCUUAUCUACAUGGUUUUUUUCUACUAAAUAAAGGAAAAGAAAGAUUGA